ACAGCCGACCAGCAGUACCUGGAGGGCUCUACAGCAGACCAGCAGUACCUGGAGAGCUCCAUGGAUGGAUUUGGGAUGAAUUUGGGAUGGAUUUGGGGCCGUUUUAGGGUUCUAACCCCCAUUUUUCCCCACAGACAGCCGACCAGCAGUACCUGGAGGGUUUCAGGGAUAGAUUUGGGAUGGAUUUGGGUUUCUGAACCCCAUUUUUCCCCACAGACAGCAGACCAGCAGUACCUGGAGGGUUUCACGGAGGAGCUGGAGGCGUUCAAGGAGCGCGUGCGGGGCCGGGCGCGGGCGCGGGUGGAGAAAGCUCUCCGGGAGUACGAGGAGGAGGAACGGCAGAAACGCCUCGGGCCCGGCGGCCUCGACCCCGUGGACGUCUACGAGUCCCUGCCCCCCGAGCUGCAGAAAUGCUUCGAUGUCAAAGACGUUCAGAUGCUGCAGGACACCAUCAGCAAAAUGGACCCAACCGAGGCCAAGUACCACAUGCAGCGCUGCAUCGAUUCGGGGCUCUGGGUCCCCAACGCCAAAAGCGGCGACGGAGCAGAAAAAGGCGCCGGGGAAGCCGUUUAYGAGGAGAUCAAAAAGGAAAACGGUGCUGAGGACAAAGCAAAACCCUGAACAGACCCGGGAUCCGCUGGAAAAAGAGGCGGAAAAGGUCAAAAAUAAAAAAAAAACCACAACAA